ACAAGCAAUUCAUAAUUUCUUCGACAAAUAGUUUGAUUUCUCACUCUGUAACACUACUUUCUCAAUUUCUAUUCCAAAACUCAUGGAUAACUCCCAGAACUUGAGCUACCAAGCUGGCCAAGCUAAGGGCCAAGCUCAGGAAAAAGGUAACCAGAUGAUGGACAGGGCCGCCAAUGCUGCACAAUCUGCCAGGGAAACAAUCCAGGAGGCGGGGCAGCAAAUGCAGGCCAAGGCACAGGAUGCGACUAAUGCAGUUAAAAAUGCGACUGGCUUAAACAAAUAAACACCUAUGUUCAAUCAAAUGGGUUGUUCUUUUCCUUUCAAAAGUUUGAAGUUUCUUGUUUUAUUUUUUCUCAAAUUAGGGAAGCAGCUUAUGUUGCUUAGUAUUGAGUAUUGUUGAGAGUUUUCUUGUUUCUGAAUUAAAGAAGAAGCUAUCUUUUCUUCUUUGCUCUACUCUAAUAAUAUUACUACUAUUGUUUGGUUCUAUGUAA